UUCGAGGUGACCGAAACUUGAACCCCACGGCAUCCAAAUUCCUCGCGCAGGUACAUAUAGCACGCCACGCGAUCCCCCACGCCGUCAGACGGUCCCAUUAUUUCCCCUCCCGCAAAUACCGGUUUUGUUGCCAAACGGCCAGAGUUUUACUCCCCCAAAAUCCAGCGAAUAGAUCGACGGGAGGGUGAGGCGCUCGGGGAUAUAUGUCGGGGCGGUCGACCCGGAUCGCGGUGGUGGUGGAGGAACGGUGCCGGCCAAGCAAGUGCGGCCAGCAGUGCCGCAAGCGGUGUCCCGUCAACGCCACCGGGCGUCAGUGCAUAGAAGUUACUCCAUCAUCGAAGGUGUCCUUAAUUUCGGAGGAACUAUGCAUUGGAUGUGGUAUCUGUGUCAAGGUGUGUCCAUUCAAUGCUAUCCAAAUUAUUAACUUGCCAAAUGGUCUUGACAAAGAGACGACACAUCGGUAUGGACCGAAUUCCUUUAAGCUUCACAGGCUUCCUGUUCCAAGACCAGGGCAAGUUUUGGGCUUGGUGGGGACAAACGGUAUCGGGAAAUCGACUGCGCUUAAUAUUUUGGCUGGGAAGUUGACACCGAACUUGGGAAAAUUCACUGAUUCCCCAAAUUCGGAUGAAAUUUUGAGCUAUUUCCGUGGAUCUGAACUUCAGAAAUACUUUACACGUCUAUGGAAAGACAACAUGAAGGCAACUAUAAAACCUCAGUAUCUUAACGUUCCAAAAUCUUUUAGAGGGAAGGUUGGGGACUUUCUUAAUACGAAAGAUGAGAGACAAGUGAAGGACAAAUUGUGCGAUAUUCUAGAAUUGAAUCAAGUUAUGGACCGCGAUAUCUCAGAUCUAUCUGGUGGUGAGCUCCAGAGAUUUGCAAUAGCUGCUCGUGCUAUGGAGGAAGCAGAUGUUUAUAUAUUCGAUGAGCCAUCCUGCUAUCUUGAUGUGAAACAAAGGCUCAAAGCUGCAGAAGUUAUCCGUUCCUUGCUUCAACCCAAAAGCUAUGUAAUUGUUGUGGAGCAUGAUCUGAGCAUUCUUGACUACUUAUCAGACUACAUAUGCUGUCUUUAUGGGACUCCAGGAGCAUAUGGUGUUGUUACUUUACCCUCUUCAGUCAGAGAAGGAAUUAACAUUUUCCUAAAUGGCUUUAUCCCAACAGAAAAUUUGCGUUUCCGUGAGGAGAAACUUACAUUUAGAGUCACUGAGUCUACUAAAGAGAUCAUAGAGGGUCAGAAUUACCAAUGCUACAAGUAUCCUACCAUGAAGAAAACAAGGCGUGGCUUCAAGCUUUCAGUCACACAAGGCAGCUUUAAUGAUUCCCAGAUAAUUGUCAUGCUUGGUGAGAAUGGUACCGGAAAGACAACAUUUAUUCGUAUGCUGGCGGGAGAAGUGAAACCAGACAAAGUAGGUGAUGAGCAGGUUGACAUGCCUGCAUAUAGUGUCUCAUACAAGCGUCAGGAAUUGGUCUCUAAAUACCCCUCUACAGUGAGGGGCCUUAUACACGAGAAAAUACGUGGAUCAUGCACACAAGCUCAGUUCAGAUCUGAUGUCAUGAAACCACUGAAAAUUGAGGAACUCAUGGACAUGCAGGUCGCCAAUCUUUCUGGUGGACAGCUGCAAAGGGUCAAACUCUGUCUGUGUCUCGGAAAGCCUGCUGAUAUUUACCUUAUAGAUGAACCAAGUGCUCAUCUUGAUUCAGAGCAGCGCCUUCUUGCAUCAAAGGUGAUAAAAAGGUUUAUCCUUCACCAAAAGAAAACAGCUUUCAUUGCCGAGCAUGAUUUCGUAAUGGCAGCCUACCUCGCUGACAAGGUUCUCGUUUUCGAGGGAAAACCUUCUGUUCACUGUGCUGCAAAUGCACCAGAACCCCUGGCUUCUGGAAUGAACCGUUUUCUGUCACAUCUAAAUGUCACAUUUAGGACCGAUCCAACAACCUACAGGCCCCGGAUUAACAAGCUAGGAUCUAUGAAGGACACGGAGCAGAAAGCUGCAGGAUGCUACUACUACCUUGAGUAUUAACAAAGCUUUUGCAAAGGGCACCUCUUACUCCAUCAGAACUGGACAGCCCAAAAGCUCGCAUGCGCUGCCAUGCUCACUCAACUCGGUCAUAUCUGCACCCGCAUGCAUCGUCUACCAGUGCCCGCGAAUUGCUUUGGCACCAGGACAUGACUGGCUCGUCUUCGUGGACGAGCAAUAUGAAAUGGCAACUGAAAUCUAAGAUCAGUACUAACUCUCCAAAAGAUUCUUUGAAGGACCUAUUGAUGAAAUCUGGGACGGAUUGGCAUGAAGGUCCCCUUAAUGAGAUUGGUUUGGACAAGUGAUUGUCCCUUAAAGCAGUUCUUGUAAAAUGUUACACCCUUCAGUUAAUGAAGCUUUCAGGAAGCAAGCAAAAAGGAUCAGACUGAAGUCACUCUGUACUGUAGAAGCAUGCCUUCUGGGCUUUCAGUAAACCUUAUAAUUUGGGUUUGUUGUGAUUUUUGGUAUUGUGUUUCAUUGUUGUCAGUCGAGAGAUGAUCUCGACAUUGGUUUUGUUUCACUCAUUACGUUGUUGAACAAAUAAAAGUAUGUACUUCCUCCGUUCAACAAAAGUUGUCUUAAAUUUGUCAAGAUUUGAAUGUAUCUAGACAUGACUUAGUGUAUAGAUGCAUUCAAAUUUAGUCAAAGUUGAGACAUCCUUUGUUGGACGGUGGAAGUAUUCGGUUUUGGUAUAGGCUUUUCGUAUUAUGUUUAUGUUGUUGCUGAUUUCAUUUUAUCUAUUAUGUAUGCUGGUGAAGUAUUACACGUCA